AUACAGCAAAAUUUCAGAAUGGAUGCACGACGGCAACCAACGUUGGGGCUUCCCUGUUGGGCUUCAGAGAAAGAAGUGACGCAAGCUAAGUCCAGGGUCAGGACACACAGCAGCAGCAGUGUUCGUGCCAUGCUCCUAUUCAUAUUAUUCCUGCUGCCGUUAAUACAUGGUGCACGGGCGGAAUGCAGACCAGAAUAUCGCAAGACACCGGGCACAUUAACGCAUACCGCCUGCAAACCGCUUCCUUCCAAAGAGUCUUGCCAAAAAGUAGCCUCUGGAAUAUCUACCACAGAGAAGAAGAAAAUUCUGGAGCUCCAUAACAAGCUACGGAGCCAAGCAGCGUCCGGUCAACUGCCCGGUUAUCCAGCAGCAACGAAUAUGUACCAACUGAAGUGGGACAAUGAAUUAGCUGACGUGGCCCAAGCACAUUCUGAUCAAUGUGUGUUCAAGCACGACCAAGGUGAAGAGCGAUUUACCACCAAGUUUCCUGCUGUGGGCCAAAACCUCGCCUACAGUGGCACUACUGACAAGUCAUCGACUAAUAACUGGCCAUUGGUGAUUCAAGAUUGGUUCGACGAAUACAAACUUGUGUCUGCUUCGGUAAUCCGACGUUUCAGUGGAGGAUCGCAUGGUCAUUUUACUCAGGUUGUCUGGGCUAAGACACAGUAUGUAGGUUGUGGAUUGCUGGUUUACAACAAGGGAAACUUCGUUGAGAGGUUGUACACUUGCAACUACGGUCCAGCCGGAAAUUACCUGACGGAAUCCGUUUACGACGAUAAGGGAGCUUCCUGCAGCAAGUGCCCGGGAGAUGCCCCUUGUGACAAAUCAUCCAGUCUUUGUGUAUCUGCAGACACAGGGAAAGGAGAACAAGAACCUUCAUCUGCCACGAAUAGUUACUUCCCAUUCUGGACAAUGUUUGUAGUUGUCAUAUGCCAAAGCACUGUACUGCACUACUUUAACGGGCUCAUGUAUUCGGCUGUUCGAAGAAAAAUGGGAUCAAUCACGACGAUUUUGAUGGUCGUAGCGCUCUCUACACUGGUCCGAGCUUCGAAUGAGCGAUGUCGGCAAGAGUACAAGAAAGGCGGUGGAACACACACCGCUUGCAAGCCUCCGAAUAACAGGGGUUCCUGUCAGAAGCGAGAGGUUGGAGUGUCCGAGCAGGACAAAAAGACCAUUCUACGUGUUCAUAACGAACUUCGAAGAAAUAUCGCUCGAGGACAGCUUGGACAAUUUCCCCAGGGAGCGAAUAUGAUAAAGCUGGAAUGGAACGAUGAAUUGGCUGCAAUAGCUCAGGCACACGCUGAAUUGUGCAGGUUUGCGCAUGACGACAUGACGGAAAGAUUUACAACACAGUUCAAGAUGACUGGACAGAAUUUAGCCACAUCUUCGAGUUCUACAGCCAACGACACGUCUGAUUGGCCCGCUAUGAUCAACAACUGGUUUGAUGAGUACAAAGACGCCCCAGUUAGCGUUAUCCGAUCUUUUCGUCAGACGCAAGGACGCCCCAUCGGGCACUUUACGCAGGUGGUUUGGGCCAAGACCCGUUUCGUGGGCUGUGGCUAUAAUAGCUAUAGCUCCAACAGAGGUCUUCCUUACCGGAAGCUGUACACCUGCAACUACGCAAAAACUGGAAACGUUAUGAAUCAUGCUGUGUACAAGGAAGGCGAGCCGUGCAGCCAAUGUGUGGCAGGAGCCAAGUGCGACAAUGGACUGUGCGACAUGACUGGACUACCCAUUGGUGGCAAACCAGGUGCCGCAAAUAGUGGAGGAAGUGGUGGCAGCGGCGGAAGAGCGCAACAGCCAAAGAGAAGGCCCAGUACCAGCUAUAAUGGAAGACGUGGAACCAGCGACGGAGGAAAUAGAGGCGAUAGUAGUGGUGGCGGAGAAGUAGUAAACAGUGGACAAGGAGCCAAUGGUGUUGGACGAGGAGGAUAUGGAGACGCAUACGGAGGCCCUAGUUUCAUGAGACCUUUACGCUUCGGUGGCUUUCGUUUUCAAUAA